GCUGAUUUCAGUUGUCAAACUCAACGAAGCAGUGAUGUGUCAACAGCUCAUUCCAGAGAUAUUUGCCCACCUAACAAUAUGGACAUAACGCAAAAAUUCAAAGCUGGCGUAAUGACAGUGAAACUACAACGCAAAGGUGAACUGCCACCACAAUCGAUGGACAAACAACGCAUACUGCCCAAAGGCGGUGCUGGUGUCAGAGCAGGGCAACGCGAUGAAUUCUCCCGUCAAGCAAAGGAUGUAUGCCACAAAAUCACAACAUUGCGUAAUGUACUUGUCGAAAAUCGCGCAGCCUAUAUGCGUAUAGGUCAACACCUAAAGAAUGCCGCACAUAUGACCGAUGAGCAGCGCGACUUAAUUGACCGAGAGUCUGAGAAAUUCGUAACAUAUUACACGCAACAUUUAGCACAAAUGCGCGCCGAUUGGAAGAAGGCAAAAAGAAAAGUGCAACAACAGCAACAUAUCGAAGCUGUAAUCGAUUUGUUAGAGCGUUAUUUGCAUAGCGUGCAGCAAAUUUACUUGGAUCAAAAACGCUAUCGCGUACAAUAUGAACUAGAGACAUAUAAACUUUUAAAAUUGGCAGCUGAUAAAAAGAAAAUACCCGUACGACCAGCGGGUGAAAAUAGUGGACGUCGUUUAAAGCGUCUAUCAACAAUUAGUAACAAUUUUGAUGACGAUGUUGCAAAUGAAUUGCGCCCACGCAGUGGUUUAAACGAUCAAGAUGUUACAGAUCUGCAAGGUGAUUGGUUGGAUGACGACGAAUUUGGCGACAACGACUAUAAUAAAGAAGAUUGUAGUAACGCAGAUGAUGGUCUUAGUGGCUAUAUUAGUGGUGAUGAAAAUGGACCACAACUACGACACCGACAUCCACACGCUGAUGAUAGUAUUGGUAGCGGUGGUGAUUUGAAUAAAACACAGUCCUCGCAGAAAGUCGCACUGGAUGAAGAUAUACAAAAAUCCCAGCAACUGGAAGAUGAGGCAGAAGCGGCGAAGAAAUUAUCACCGGAAGACAUACAAAUGUACGAGCAAGAGAACUCACAACUCUAUCAGGAAUUACAAGGCGUAACUGAAGAGGUUGAACAGAUUGAGAAGAAUGUUGUGGACAUUGCGCAGUUACAGGAUAUAUUCACUGAGAAGGUUUCCUUGCAGCAACAUAACAUUGAACGCAUUGCCAACGCUGUCAUUGGCGCGACGGAGAAUGUCAAAGAUGCUAACGAGCAGAUACAACAAGCAAUACAACGCAAUGCCGGCUUGCGUGUUUGGUCAUUAUUUUUUCUAUUAGUGAUGUCAUUUGCUUUACUCUUUCUCGAUUGGUACUAUGAUUAAAGUAAUUGAGGAAAGUCAAAGUAUACUCGGAGCCAUAAAGCGCUUUACAAAUAUGAUAUAAGCAAUAUACAAAAACAAAAAUAGCGAUAAACGAAAAUGUUUUAUGAUAAUAAUUAUGUUUGUAUGUCGUGUAUUUAAAAUGCAGCGAUAUUUCUUAAUUAUUGAAUGGAGUUGAUUUAUGUUUUGUUAAAUAUCACGCAUCCGAUAUGCAUACAUAUAUAUAUAUAUAUUUAAGUUUCAAUUGUUUUAUAACUAUUUAUUGACGCAGUCAUACAUUUCCAGUCACCUUAACAUACUUACAUGCAUGCAUACACAAUAUAUUAUAUAAUGUAAAUGGAAACUACUUUUUAUACCGAUAUUAGCUUAAGCGCCUAUAAAAUACGAAAGCAAAACUUAUGUAUGUCUGAAUGUUGUAACAAUAAACAGUUUCAUAUUUUCCAUUGCUUAGAUAGGAAAAUAUUUGGGUGAAAUUUA